AUGGCCCUACGUUCCAACAUUUGCACCAUACAAGGUCGAAGGUGUCUUCCUCCCACUGGUUCUUGCACGGAGAGCACAGCUCAAACCGCUAAAACAGCAGCCAUUGUCUUACAGAGUCUAACACCAAACGCUCAGAACGUGUUCAAGAUUAUCGCUGACUACCAAAUUUCUCACCCAGAUGAAGACGGCAUGUCCACUGAAGAACUGUAUUCAGCCUCACGUGAACGCUUCUUUGUGAGCAGUCAAGUGACUCUCAACUCUCAUCUCACGGAGUUUAAAUAUCACGAACUGGUUAAGACCAAGAGAAACUCCGAUGGACAAGAGUGUUUGAACAUACCUCUGUCUCCGGAUGCACUGAAACAGCUCGUGCUUGAUCUCAAUCAGUAG